UGCAUUAAUAGAAAUGCGCAAAGUUUAGAAACAACAGUUCUGAGCGUAAAUAAAUGAGUUUUUAGGGAUGUUAGUGUGGAGACAAUUUAAAGCGAGUUAUACUGCUAAACGAAGUGAUGUAUGUGGUUAUAGCCAUAUCAACCUUGUAAAAGUCACUAUUUGUACCCACAGACAAAACAAACAGCUUGUCCUCGAGGUGUGGCACGAGGGUAGGUGUGCCUCAUAAAUAAUAAGUUCAAGAGAUCUGUUAAAGCACGAGCCCCGCCCCUCUCAAGCCGUUUGUUCCGCGAGGCGUGACGUAACUCCCACUGCCCAUGUCCGCUCCAGCUGAGAGACAGAGAGGACUAUCGGACGUGGACGGCCCAAACACAGACCGAAGCCCGUGCGCCCGUGACUGGAUCCACCGGAUGCACACAAAAAAAGUACAGACAGAGAAAGAGGAAACGACCCGCUCCUCCCCCCGACGGACAGCAGAGCGCGACAGCAAAGGAGAGCAACACCAAUACAACUUGUCAUCUGACCAAUUCAGCCACCGCUCCCGUCGCUCUGUGUUUUUGUACACACAGUCGGUUGUUUUGUUUUGCUUUGCAACUAUUUUUGGGAUCUCUUUUUUGAUUGCUCACUUGGGAUAUUAUUCUACAAGUUUUAAUUGCAGCAUUUUUUUUUCCUGUGUCAUUUUUGACGUCUUUGCAUUUUUUUUCCUAAUUAUUAUUAUGGACAGUGUUCAGGUGGUCUGAUUGUCCCUCUCACACGGCUCCUCUGAGAAUACUAGCUUGAUCUACUGAAUUUUAACAGUAUUUAUUUUUGCAAUGGAAUAUUUCGAUGUGAAUAUUUCUGCAAGCAAAUAAAGAGCUCUGCACAAUUCCAGAAGAAGUCAUACAGCAUACUUGUCCUAUUGGUAGGCUCUCCGGUCACUUUGCCACGCCUCUUCAAGCGCCCCCAGUUUCUUUCUACGACCCCGUCUGGUCCAGGAUGUCCAGGCAGCUCUCCCAGCUCCCGAACCCCGACCUCCCAGCUGGGGCAAGCCCACAGUUUGGAAGUUGUACCCAGCCUGCAGGCUCCCUCACAGGGGGGCAUCUCAACUCUAUGGCGGGUCUCAAAUCCCUCCUGCAGCACCCAAUGAAGGGGGACCAACGUCUGAAGUCCCCAUGUGAUGUAAAAGACAAAGAUAGGCUGGACCUUGAUGAAGAUUCCCUGGGAGUGUGCCCUAUGAGGAACAGCAAUGGAGUAGGCAACAGUAAUGGAAGUAAUGGCUGUGGCGGCAACGGAGGAGGAAGUUUCAACCAAUUCUUGGGGCCCCUGUUGUGGGAUCGCACCUUGCCUGCAGAUGGGGGCCUCUUCCAGCUUCAGUAUAUGGACUUGGAGGAGUUUCUGACUGAAAACGGAAUGGGCAGCAUGCAUAACAACAACAGCUCCAGUUCGGCCCAGAUCCCCUCGCAGAGCUCCCAGUCGGCCGUCCCCAACCAGAGCUCCCAGUGCCUACCGCCAUCAUCUCCACCUGGCUCCACGUCGUCAUCACCUUCCUCCUCGUCUUCCCCGUCGCUCAUCGGCUUGGAGGUGGCCCAGCCGCAGAGUAUCGGAGGAGGAAGCGACUGUUUGCAUGGGAGUCAGACGAGUAUGAACGAUUCCUGCGAGUCGCCCUCCUCUUCCUCCUCGUCCUCCUGUCCACCUCUGCUGACGCCCACGGGCAGCGGCCCAGAUGUGAUGGGGAUGUUUGACAUGGAUUCCUCAGACAUGGAUAUGUCCAGCCAGCCGAACUUCGACCCCAGGAGGCACUCCUUCAGCGAAGAGGAGCUCAAGCCGCAGCCGAUGAUCAAGAAGGCACGAAAGAUCCUGGUGCCUGAGGACUUGAAGGAUGAGAAAUACUGGACCAGGAGAUAUAAAAACAACGAAGCAGCAAAGCGUUCUCGAGACGCCCGCCGUCUCAAGGAGAACCAAAUAUCAGUGCGUGCCGCCUACCUGGAGAGAGAGAACGCCGCCCUCCGACAGGAAGUGGCCGAGAUCCGAAAGGAACUAGGCCGCUGUCGCAGCAUCCUUAGUAAAUACGAGAAUCGCCUCGCCGACCAGUGAUGAAGGCGAGGAGCAAAACAAAAAAAUCAGGAAGAGGAGAAAAAUUUAAGCUGGAUUAAAUUUUAAGACUCUGAAUUCUUGGGUGGCAUGACGGACAGAAUGGGGUCAAGAAAAUGAUGAUGUGGAAGAUGAUGAUUAUGAUGAUGAAUGUAUAAGACAAGGAGAAGGUUUGUGUGUUGAAGCUCAGGUGUCUUGUUUUGUCGAGGCUCUUAAAAGUGAAAGACGGAGAGAAUAAUUUAACAAGGUUGUGACUUUUAAGAGUUUUGUUAUUGGAGAAUUGUAUAUUUUUAUAAUACUUCAGAAAAUUAGAGGGAGAGCAAAUUUGGAGAAUAAUUUUGUAUAUUUUCUACAUAGAGACGGGGUAAAAAGCUAUGUUGAAUAUCUUUUUAUUAUAGACGAGUCAGGAGAUGUUUAACAGGUGGUCAGCCAUCGAUGGGUAUUUUUCGACUUGAUUAUUACUAUAGUCAGGAUGCAGCAGCAGGGGGCGAGGACGCAUGUAACAAUUGUAAUAUAGAGAGCAAAAAUUAUCUUAUAAUCGUAUAGUUCGACAUUUUUGUGGAUUUUAUUCAAGCACUUAAUUUUCUUCCUGUUAUGUUUCUGUCACUGGGAAUGGGCAUGCUAGAAAGAGAGAGACAAAAUGGGAUGUAAACAGUCUAGCGCUAUCUUCAACACGUCUUGUGCGCUCUUUUUUUUUUUUUUUUUUAAAUAGAACUUCAUCCUUUUUGAGUUUCCCAACAACCCUUGUACUUUGAGCUUAACUUUACGCAUCUGGUACAUCCUUCUCUAGCCCGCACUUUUCUCUCGCUGAGUGCUUUCACUCUGUUGUCUCGUAUGUCACCUCAGCUGCUGACCGCCUGUUGUGAUGAAACUCCUCUUGAUCCUCUCUUUCGAAUUGUUGGGACAUUUCUCUUUCUCUGUUUCUGUAUCCAACUGCUCUAUUUCUGUCCGCUCACUCUCAACACCGCCAAUCCCCUCACUGUUAUGUGCUUCAUAACGUUUCGUCUCCGUGUCUCUCUUGCACCUCUGCAGCGGUGCAUAGAGUUAGUCGAAUCUCAGUGUUGUAACGUAUUCUGAAUUAAUCUUCCCAGUAAAACGCACAUCGUUACUUUAGUGUACUCUAUGAACACACUUUAAUUAGCAUUAUUUAGGGGCAGGCUUGGGGAGAAAUGUUGUAUAUGGAGAUAGGCUAUUUUGUGUAUUUGAUGUAUUCCAGGAGAUGGGUUGAAAAUCCCCGUUGAGUGGAAUGGUGUUAAUUUCUCAGAUUUCUGGGAGAAAAUAAAAGCCAAAAUUCCUGAUGUUGAUCCACAAUGCUUGUUGCUAUUUAGUGCUUUUUUCAAUACUGCACCUUCCUUACUGUUUACUCCUGUUAUUACUCUUUACUUUUUACUGUAUCUAUAAACUUCUCUGUGUACCCACGACACCUACACACAAGGCAUGGUACACUAUGUUAUGUUCCUGGGGGAGGGAUGACUAGUGAUAGCGUGUGCUUUUACUCCCCUUAAUGACCAUGAUGAAUAGUUACCAUUACUGCUAUUAUUAUUAUUGUUAUGGUUAUGAUGAUUAUCCCUCUUGUUGUUGCUGUUCUAUAUUAUCGAAUGAUUUUCUUUCUUUGGAUGAACAUGAUCUGUUGCACCUUGAAACAUCUUUGAUCUUCAGUGUUCCUCAGAAAGACUAUUCAAAUGGAAAAACAAACCCUCACUCUGCUAUUUGCAUCCCGUCUCAGACCUCCAGACAUUACUCACUUCCACUACAGACACUUCAGCCAUGGAUUUCCCAAGUGUGGCUCAAUAACUUGAACGUGGUAUUCAUGCAGACUCACUUCACCUUUCGUGAUGACCUCCUCUGUUCCCCAGCGGUGUAUGGACUAUGCACACUUAUCAAUAUGCUCCUUAGUGGUUUAUUUCAGCCUCUAUCACCUCAAUCAGUGAUUGUUUGCUCUCCCGACAGGAUUUAGUCUCUAAUAUCCUCACAGAUGUGGUUGAUAAAUCUUCUUGUGACUCUUAAUUGAACCUCAACUGCCCUGCUGCAUCAGUGGUGUCCAUGGUGCCCAGCCCACACAGUGCUGGUUAUUUGGAUGUAGUUGAGAUUUUUUUCCAAAAACACCAAUAAAAGAUUGUUCUCAUUCA